AUUUCUCUCCCUAAUUUUCUCCAACAUAUUUACACAUAUUAUAAUUCAUUAAUCCAUAAAAGAUGUGGAUCAUUUCUCUCCCUAAUUUUCUCCAUCCGUUUUAAUUUGUGGAACUUUUGAUCUCCUCACUCCAUAAACAAGUAACUUUACUUAUAAUUCAUGCCAACUUUCAUUAAGAUUUCACUUUGUGCAGGCAGUGAAUAGUAUAUAAGAGGAAAAGAAAACUCUAACCCUAAUUAGCUACUUGUCCCCCCAUUCAGCCCACGCCGCACACCAUCUCGUCACCCUCAUCCGCGGUGAAGAAAGUAAGCAACGUCUUUUCCAUUCUUCACUCUGCAUCUCUCAACCGCCUCCGUCAAGGUAAAAAGUUGCAUUAGGGUUACUUCCGUCUCAAAUGGCUCCAGCUAAAGGUGAUGCAGGUAAGAAGUCAGAUGCCAAGGCUCAAGCCUUAAAGGCGGCCAAGGCUGUAAAAGCAGGUGCAACAACCUUUAAGAAGAAGGCCAAGAAAAUACGCACUAAAGUUACCUUCUAUCGGCCGAAGACAUUGACAAAGGAGAGGAAUCCCAAGUAUCCUCGCAUUAGUGCUGUUCCUCGCAACAAACUUGACCACUACCAGAUUCUUAAAUACCCUCUCACCACAGAGUCUGCAAUGAAGAAAAUUGAAGACAACAACACACUAGUUUUCAUUGUUGACAUUCGUGCUGAUAAGAAAAAGAUCAAAGCCGCUGUCAAGAAAAUGUAUGACAUCCAGACGAAGAAAGUGAACACCCUUAUCAGGCCGGAUGGAACUAAGAAGGCAUAUGUUAGGUUGACACCUGAUUAUGAUGCUCUGGAUGUUGCUAACAAAAUAGGAAUCAUCUAAAUUGUAGACGAUCAAUUUUUGCAUCUAAGCCUUUCGUUUGGGAAUUGGACCAGAAUACUUUCAAUUUUGUACUCCAAUGUUGCUUUUUGAUUUAGCUCUGGGAGCAUUAAACUGCCUAAGUUACAUUGAGAUUUUGAUUUAGAUUUAUUUAUUUUUCUAUGGUUUCUGCCUUUCUAAAA